CCAUGAAAAGUCCUACGAAUAAGCCUAUGUUCUAAUGUUUGAAAAUCCCAGAACUGAAAACUCUUUACAUUUAUUACUUGUAAGAUCAGAUGAUGUAUACCAAAUUAAACUUGUUUGUUGUUCUCACUCUUGUCUCAAUUCAAUCUCAUCUUUAUUUUAUUGAGGCUGCCACGGGUAAUGUGUAUAUUGUAUACAUGGGAGAAAAAAAGAAUGAAGAUCCAGCUAUAACCAAAAUGUCUCACUACAAAAUGCUGUCCAACUUGUUUGGAAGCAAGGAAGCAGCAAAAAGUUCAAUGCUUUAUAGCUACAAACAUGGCUUUUCCGGGUUUGCAGCGAGGAUGACAGAAUCUCAGGCAAAGGAAAUUGAAGCAUUUCCCGGUGUAAUCCAAGUGAUACCGAAUCACAUUCGCAAGCUUCAUACAACCCGAAGCUGGGAAUUCAUGGGGCUAAAUGACCAUUCUUCAGAAAAUCUUUUAAGUAGAAGCAACAUGGGUGAAGGAAUAAUCAUUGGUGUAAUAGACUCAGGAGUGUGGCCAGAAUCCGGGAGUUUCAAUGAUAAGGGCAUGAAUCCAAUUCCGUCUCAUUGGAAAGGAAUAUGCCAAGGGGGAGAGCUUUUCAACUCCUCAAACUGUAACAAUAAACUUAUCGGAGCUCGCUGGUUCAUCAAAGGUAUUUUGGAUCAAAACCAAAAGGCGAUUAAUACAAGUAAUGGGGAGGAUAUUCUCUCAGCAAGAGAUAGCUUAGGGCAUGGCACUCAUACAGCUUCCACAGCAGCUGGUAAUUUUGUAGAGAACGUAAACUACGAAGGACUAGCUGAUGGUUUGGCCAGGGGAGGGGCUCCAAGAGCUCACUUGGCAGUUUACAAGGUUUGUUGGUCUUUUGGAUCUGGAGGGUGUACUGAUGCGGAUCUUCUCAAAGCAUUUGACAAAGCCAUACAAGAUGGAGUCGAUAUUCUAUCGGUGUCCAUCGGCAAUUCUAUACCUUUGUUCUCAUUUCUAGAUCAUCGUAAUUCGAUUGCAAUCGGUUCCUUCCAUGCCACUUCUAAGGGAAUUACAGUAGUUUGCUCAGCAGGGAAUGAUGGUCCUACUGCAAUGACAGUUGAAAACACUGCUCCCUGGAUUAUUACCGUUUCUGCUACUACCAUGGACAGGGUCUUCCUGACAGCAAUCACACUAGGAAAUAACCAGACCCUAUGGGGGCAAUCUGUUGACACUAGAAUACAUAACCAUGGAUUCACUAGAAUCACAUUCUCCGAUCGUAUUGCCUUAAACAACAGCGAUGAUUCAGCCAUGUGGUGCAAGCGAGGAAGUCUCAAUGCCACAUUAGCAGCAGGGAAGAUCAUACUUUGUUUUUCACAAUCAAGAACACAUAACAUAUAUAGUGCUGCGAUUUCCGUGGCGGAAGCAGGAGGGGUAGGGCUUAUUUUUGCGCAGUAUAGCACCGAUGGGCUUGGCUCAUGCCAAUUUAUACCAUGCAUUAAAGUAGAUUAUGAAGUAGGGACUCAGAUGCUUUCCUACAUAAGAAACGCAAGGUCUCCAACUGCAAAGCUUAGUAUGCCGAAGACGGUCAUUGGGAAAUGGCUAUCUCCAAAAGUGGCAGAUUUCUCAGCCAGAGGGCCUAGUUCAAUUUCCCCAGCAGUUCUGAAGCCCGACAUAGCCGCGCCAGGAGUGGACAUCGUAGCCGCAUAUAUACCGUUUGGCGCAGAACAAACCACUGGUUAUGCACUAAUGUCAGGAACUUCAAUGUCUUGUCCUCAUGUUGCAGGCAUAACAGCUCUAAUCAAAUCAGUACAUAAGAACUGGUCUCCAGCAGCUAUUAGAUCAGCUCUGGUCACCACAGCAGCCUCCCAGACAGGAAGAGACGGAUCAUAUAUAGCAGAGGAGGGUUCAACUCGAAAGGCAGCUGACCCUUUUGACAUUGGCGGGGGACUAGUAAAUCCGAAUAGAGCAACCGACCCGGGGCUCGUAUAUGACACCGAAACAGACGAUUACGUCAAGUUCCUUUGCGGCACUGGCUUCAGCAGCAAGUCAGUGAGUGGUUUAACCAAAACCAAUGCUAAUUGCACCAAAGAUAGGUUUAAUGAGUUGAACCUCAACCUCCCAUCCAUCACUAUCCCAUACCUCAGAAGGAAAACUACAGUGACCCGAAAGGUAACGAACGUGGGCGCCGUUGAUUCGGUGUAUACAUCCAUGGUGCAAGCUCCACAAGGCGUGAAGAUAAAGGUAGAGCCUCGGACAUUGAGGUUCAAUGAAACCACCAAAAUUCUGUCAUUCAGAGUUACCUUCUUAUCGACUGGGAAAGUGUAUGGGGAUUAUAGAUUUGGGAGCCUGAUUUGGAGAGAUCCCAACCAUAUUGUCAGAAUUCCUGUAUCGGUACGAGUUAGUUUUGUUUAACUCGUAGCAGGAUGUUUACGAUUUUAAGAUACUGAAUUAUAUAUUAAGGGUAAACUAUAUC